AUACUAGACAUUAGGGGGGAUUUUGUGUAAAUUUCCCAAAUUAAAACCCCAUUGAUAUAGGCUAGGGUUUACAAGCCCCAAUGCUGGGACCGUCUCUUAAGCAGUAAAACCCUUCCACAAUCUCUCCGUACGGUUAAUCUACAAUGGAAGACGAGCCCUUUUUGUAUGAUGCCCUAAGCCCCCUCUCCACCGCUGACCAGCCAGCGCCGCCGCCGCCGUCCUCCGACGACUCCGAACCCUACGUCGUGUUGCGUAAUCAAAUUUCUCUAUCUUCUAUUCGAUACCCCUCACUGGAAGUCGCCGCACCCGAUUACUUCUCUCUCGACGUCGACGCCGUCGCCGAGGAACCGAACGAGCCUUUGAUUUAUACUCCGUCUCCGACACCGAUUCGGGAAACGGAGCGGAGGCUUGAGGGGAAUUGGUUUCGGGCCAAUUGUCGGUUCAAGAGCCCCAUGCUUCAGCUACACAAAGAGAUACUGGAUUUCUGUGAUUUCCUCUCUCCAACUCCAGAGGAGCAAGCUAUCCGUCUUGCAGCUGUAGAGAGUGUCUUUGGUGUAAUUAGAUAUAUCUGGCCUAACUGUAAGCCAGAAGUUUUUGGGUCGUUCAAAACAGGCCUUUAUCUUCCAUCUAGUGAUAUUGAUGUUGUAAUUUUGGGGUCAGACAUCAAAAGUCCUCAAAUUGGCUUACAUGCUCUUUCUAGAGCCCUAUCCCAAAGGGGCAUUGCAAAGAAGAUACAGGUGAUUGCAAAGGCUCGUGUGCCAAUUAUCAAAUUUGUGGAGAAGAGAAGUGGUGUUGCAUUCGAUAUAAGUUUCGAUGUGCAAAAUGGACCAAAAGCUGCUGAGUUUAUAGAGGAUGCUGUAUGUAAGUGGCCUCCAUUGCGGCCCCUGUGUCUGAUAUUGAAAGUUUUUCUUCAACAAAGAGAGUUGAAUGAGGUAUAUUCUGGUGGAAUUGGUUCCUAUGCGCUCCUUACGAUGCUCAUAGCAACGAUGCAGAGUCUCAGUGAUUGCCAAGCUUCUCCUGAACGUAACCUGGGAGUGCUUUUGGUCAACUUUUUUGACAUUUAUGGACGCAAACUGAAUACAUGCGACGUUGGUGUAUCUUGCAGUGUGGGAGGCACAUUCUUCCUGAAGAGUUGUAAAGGGUUUUCAAUUAAAGCACGACCAUUUCUUAUCUCCAUUGAGGACCCACAGGCACCAGAGAAUGACAUAGGGAAGAACUCCUUCAACUAUUUCCAGGUUAGAUCUGCUUUUGCUAUGGCUUUCUCAACGCUGACAAAUGCGAAGACCAUUUUGGGCCUGGGCCCAAACAGGAGCAUUCUUGGUACCAUAAUAAGACCAGAUAAAGUACUGUUGGAACGAAAAGGGGGGCCUAAUGGCGAGGUGACAUUUAAUAACUUGCUUCCAGGGGCCGGAGAACCAUUGCAGCAACAGUGUAGUAAUCAGCAGGGAAUCUAUUGUAAUUGGCAGAUAGAUGAUGAAGAACCACCGCUGCCCCGAGGAAAUGCUAUUGUGGAUGCUAGUAGUGCUCAGUCCUCUGGAAAGAAGAGGAAGUCGUCAAAAGAAAAGAAGGUUGUUAAAAAGGUGAAGGAAAAUGGGGAUUUGGGAAUGGUCAGACAUCAAGAAAAUGGCUUUAGGAAGGAGAAGAGUGUGAAGAAGCAGCGUUGGAGACGUUAUGGGAAUGGUGGUGAAAGCACUGGUUACAGUUAUCAAGGUGGAGGUAUGCCAUGGAGUCGCACCUGUUAAUUGGCUUCUCGAGUGGGGUGCUCAUUCAUCAGUUAUCCCACCUUGGAAUCUGGUAUGAAGCUUGGUUUGUAUAAGAUUGUGUUUUUCUGUGAUCAUAGCUGUUGGAACAGGUUUUGUUCAGCUUGGGGAGGUUUUGAUCCGAGGUGUUGAGGAUGAGGAUCCACAGAGAGCUUCGGGUUGGAUUUGAUGUCCUGUAGAUUCUUGUCAAAGAAAAUAGACCCUCUGACGCCCAGGUCAGUAACUUCAUGUGAGCUCGGGUCGAAAAGUAAUGCAACAUGUGAAUGUGGGAAUCCGAGUGUGACACUUUGAGGGAAGUUAGUUGUCUUACUGAUUUAGGAGGAGUAUUUAUCAGGAUGCUUGUGGGUGAGGAUAGUAUUAGUUGUAAUCAGAGGCGGGGUAAGAUGACAAACUGAAAUGAUUGGACAAGAGGAAUUAAUACGCCUGCGACAGCUUCAAGUCCACGCAAGCCAGGCGUCACCAUGCCUCCUUUAUUUAGACAACACUCUUUAACUCGUAUGCUUGUAAAUCAUGAUUACAACUAAAACUACACUCACCCACAAGCAUCCCUAUAAACAGCCCUCAUAAAUGAGAAAUAAAGGCAAGUAACUUCCAUCUCACUGUGUCUCUUAAUUCCUAAGAACAAUCAUGUACUAUACUAUCACUAACCAUGCACGUUUACUUGCAUUAUUUUUUGACUUGAGCUUCUAUACAUAUAUCAACUUGAGCGUCAAAGGGAUUUGGUAGGCAACAGUGUCACAUUUGAUACCUAUUUUUUUUUGACUGAAAUGUACUGAACAUCAAAUCCAAAGCGAAGCACUCUGUGGAUCUUCCACACCUCGGAUAGUGACCUCCGCGAGCUGAACGAAACCUGUUCCAACAAUAGCAAAGGUGAUCAGCAAAAAUGAUCUGCUGAUCACCUCAUUAAAGUUGCAGAAUUGCGGUGUUAGGAUUACUACUGCAAUUUCAUCGGUAGUUCACCUUCUGCACCGACUUUGAUUGGAAGCACAAUUUUUGGGGUCUGAUGGUGCUUAACUGUGGAGAGGGCGGAUGGGAUUCUGCCAUGGUUGAAGCUCAUCGUAUGAGGUGUUAUUGCUUUGGCUUAAUGUUGAGUGUACAAUUGUAGCGAUGUGGUGGUUUUUUUUUGUUUUAGUGAGCUUUUAGGCUGUGUAAUCAAUUAUUAAGUUCAUUAU